AGACAGGUGAUCGUCAUGCUCGGCGCGGGCGCGAGCGUCUCGGCCGGCAUCCCCGACUUUCGCUCGCCCGGCACGGGGCUCUACUCGCAGCUCGAGUCGUACGGCCUCCCCUUCCCGGAGGCCGUCUUCGACCUCACCUUCUUCGCGGACAACCCGCGCCCCUUUUACCGCCUCGCAAAGGAGCUGUGGCCCGGCAACCACGCGCCGACGCCCGCCCACCACUUCAUCUCCCUGCUCGCCGCACGCGGCAUCCUGCGCCGCUGCUACACGCAAAACAUCGACUCGCUGGAGAGCGCGGCGGGCGUGCCGCCCGAGCUGACCGUCGCUGCCCACGGCAACUUUGACGCGGCGCACGCGUGGUCGGCGUCUCGGCCCGGGGGCUCGCUGCGCCGCCGCCAGGCGGUCGGCGUCGAGAGGCUGCGGGAGGCGCUCUGGCAGGGCGAGGAGGCGGUGGAGGCGCUCAACGAGGAGAGCGGCGGGCUGGUCAAGCCCGACAUCGUCUUCUUCGGCGAGCAGCUUCCCGAGCGGUUCGGCCGCCUCGUGCCUGCCGACUUUGACGCGUGCGACCUGCUGCUCGUCAUGGGCACGUCGCUGCAGGUGCAGCCCUUUGCCUCGCUCGUCGACAUGCCGGCCCGCGACCGUAGAUGCGGAAGCCAGAUCUCUGUGCUCCAGAACGAGACGACACGCCCUCGGCUGUACCCCGCUGUACUGCAGCUGCUCUCACUGGAGUCGCCUCGUAUUCACGCGAUGCUCGGAAAACGCGGCGCGGUGCCGUAG